AUGGCGCACAUUCAAGAACCCGUGGCGAUUGUGGGCUUCUCCUGCCGGCUUCUGGGAGGCAACAAAACCCCCGACAAGCUCUGGGAGUUCCUGAACCAGGGAGAGGAUGGCUCGCUUAAGCCUGGCACCAUGCCCACCACAGGUGGGAUGUUCCUGGAGGGGGUCGACCCGGCCGAUUUCGAUGCCGCCUUCUUCGAGAUCUCGGCGCGGAUGCCAUCUCCAUGGAUCCCAACCAACGAAAAAUGCUGGAAGUAG